AUGGCAAGACCGGUGGGCGCAAGAAACUUGAGUUGCCUCCGCUGACAAGUCCUGCAAAUCCUGAAGAACACGUGUUCAUCCCCUUGGAUGGCUAUGGCGCGAAGAUCCAGGGUUUGUUCCAGGGGCAGGAGUUCGUGUUCCUCCGCGGAGGCCAGCUUUCUGAGGAGUUGCGCCGUGACUUGACUGUCUGUGGCUUCGUGAUCCCGGUGCCUAUUGAGCAUGAUGGCGAGUUCCGGCGAGUAGACUGGACGAGAGACGAUGUUGUGGGGUUUUCACCAAAGGCAGCAGCAGAUUCCUCACUGUCAAAGGAUGACUUGCCUUUUGAAGACCAAUACAAUGCUGCCAUCAUCGAAGUCUUGCAAAGGCUCGGAUACGCAGCUGAUUCGUCCCACAACAAAGAAGUGGGCAAGGUGGACAUCUUUGUGAACAUUGACAACAGGACCUUUGGUGUGGAAUGUAUCAUGGCAAAGCGUGGCCCGACAGACCACAAAAAGCACCGGGGACGCUUUGACACUGCGCUGUAUGCGUACAGCAACGCCGACCACAAGGCACUAGUCACGAUUGGAAGCAGCAAAUCUCGGGUGCGAGAGCGUGUCUUGAAAACGAAAGCAGAUGGAGUCGAGAUCAUCGGCUUGGUGCCCAAUAUCGCGCACACUGGCUACAACAUUCUGUACCGAGGUUUGGGUGCCAAACAACUGUCCGACUCGGCUUUUGUUUGA